AUCAAGUCGGUUACUGUGGAUCAUGCCUUGAGUCAUUUGGGUCGAGCGCAAGGUUUAGUUAAUCUGUUGCGGGGUUCCGUUCCUUUGGCCAGACGUCGUCGUGUUGUCGUGUUACCUCUGGCUUUGUUAAACAAGCACAAUUUAAAUCAAGAGAUGGUGUUACGCCUUCUGCUAGCCGACCCUAUUCAGAGCCAGUCAAACUCUUCGUUGGAAAAUCUUUUGGACAUGUAUCACGAUCUGGCUUCUGAAGCACAUCGCCACGCCUGUACAUCCGCUCAACUUGCGCGUCAAGCCAUUGUUGAGGCGAAAGCUAACGACAGGACCCAUUCUCGGCAUUAUCUUGUACGUCAGAUGCUCCCAAUCGUCCCGGUAGCAAACUAUUUACAUCGGUUGCGCACUUGGGCACACUUCGAUCCCCGUCGCAUAGACUCUUAUAUAGACGGGCUUCUUCCAGUAAAAUUAUCUUGGUAUGCCUGGUGCAACAAACUGCCACCCGAACCAAAAGCGUAG